AUGGAUUUACUUCCACUUCGUCUCCCACCGCUGGCCAACCAAGGAAGAAAUGGAGAGCUCAGACAGAAAAUCUUUAACGUCAGACAUAACCUAGUUAACACGAAGUUCCCUCUACCGAAAAUCCAUGCUGCACUAAAACCCGCCACACCCAUCACGCAAGAGGAGAAAGGAAAUAUCAAGGCCUCUAUGGAAGAACUAAAACUGCAACUAGCAGAAAAACUUCUUCGUGAAACUAAGAGAACAGCAGAGUUAAGAUAUCAUCAGAUGGAGGAUGAAAGGUAUUUGGAACACCUGAGGAGAAACUGGGCAGAUGUCAAGAAGGAAACCGACAAAGCAAUGGCAAAAAUAACCGGAAUCUCUGCCAGGAACGACGAAGUGCGCGAGGCGGUGAAACGACAGAACAGAGACAUGGCAGAUCUAAAGCUGAAGUACACCAUCAAGAUGUACCGCAGUCAGCGUCUGAAGGAUGCCUGUGCCAGGCUGGAGGCAGAAAUGGCGAGAGAAAUGUCACUGCAGGUCACCAGAAAGUUGGACAAAAUGCUGGAUAAUAAGUUGGAUGUCUUUACGGAUAAUGUAAACCAGAACAGUUCUGACAAACCAGUAGAAGAAUGGAAGAGGUCAAAGCAAGAGGCUUUUUUGCCUGUCAUGCCUAACACCUCAGCAAGACAUCAUCCAGCAUCGCUACAAGUGGAGGUGGCAUCUAAAGAUGGAAGUGGCUUCCAUAAAUUCAUUGGCCGGAUGUUGAAUGGUAGGAAAAGGAGGUCUGACGGAGAAGCGAGCAAAUCCAGAAAGCAAUCACCCAUUCAGUCUAUCAAGCGAAAAUGUCAGAAGCUCAUCUGCAGGUUAAAGGGUCGAAACCGGGUAACACCUAGUUCCGGGGAAAAUUAAAUGACUGUAUGCAUGCGGGCAUAUUGAAGGCUGGUUAAAUGAGAGAAUAUUACACAUGGUUUAUGCCACGAUUAAUUUCCAGUCAAUUUUGUUUGCUCGAAUUAAGGAUUUACCAAAACAUAGGCAUUUAUUACGUGUACGGUAGUUACUAUGGUGACGAUAACACACAUGUAGUGAUGGACCUUUCCGUUGACGUAUAGCAUUUCCCAAAACAUUUUCUGAUGUAAACGUUUUUGUCUAAUGUUGUGAAUGUGUUGAUACCAAUAUCAUAAUUAUUGCGAUACGCAACCCUAAACGGUUUCACUGAAUUCAGUUUGUUGUGCUAGGAACAGCUGUUAUUUGUUAGAGUAAGUCAACAGCUUGACGCUGCUGUGUUGUAAUAGUAUUUUCUG